GACUCUUACACCCACGAGCGUGCGCACCACAUACACUGCUCAUCCUGUUUACUACUGUAUUUGGAUGCACACAGAAUGGAUCCAGCCCACGGUUUCUAUUGCUAGUAGGCUCAUCACAUGUGACAGUUUCUUCUUCCCGGCCGUUUGCCAGACCAACAUCCGUGGAUUAAAAGAGGUUGACGAUUGCUGGUUCGCCAAGACACUUGGUCUGCUGGUUUCCUCAUAAACGCAUGGAGAUGGCAAGAGCUUUCCAUCCGAUCAUCCCAGCAUUAACAGGAGGAAUACGAGGAGGCGUGCCACCCAACAUGUCUCCGAUGGCAACGAUCCAGAGGAUAUGGAUGAUGAUGACCAUGACGAUGAUGAUGUUACUGCUACUUGCAGCAGCAAGCUCGCAGUUAGCAGGUGGCGAGCAAGCGCCGCCCAUGACGAUCAGCCCACGCUGCCUCGCUGAGUGCGGGAACCUUAAAAUCCCCUACCCCUUCGGAACAGGACCUGGCUGUUUCCUCGGAGGAUUCGAGGUCAUCUGCAACCACACGUUCUUUCCUCCUCGCCUCUUUCUGGUGCAUUCCUUGGAUGACCACACUUAUGCACAAGAGGUUUUCACUAGCGGGACCUACUCAACGGACGACAUCGAGCAUACAAGCAACAUGAGCGAGUGGGAUACUAUGCGGAUGGAGAUCAUGGACAUCUCGGUCUCCCGAGCUGAGUUGCGGCUGUACGCCGCAGUGAGCUCCGACUGCGGAAUAAGACCACCUUACCAUUCCUUCACCCAUGUAACAACACGUCUCCACCCUGAAGGGCCUUUUCUCAUCUCGGCGAUCCGAAAUGUUCUCAUCGGUGUCGGCUUGAACGUCGAGGUUCAGUUGUCUACGUCAAUGCGUGGUUCCUACGGAGGCUUAAUAACUGGGUGCAUUUCCCAACCCAAUAGUACUAUUGCAGCCAAAGAAGGCCCUUGCAGUGGGCUAGGCUGCUGUGAGGCCGCCUUCCCCGAAGGAUUAUGGCAAGCGACGGUGGUGGCCGAUAGAAAGAGAACUGACUGGUAUACGUCGGAGAACGUAAUCUGCUCCUUCGGCAUGCUGGUGGAGAAGGGAUGGUACAACUACUCCUCUGAGGAUGUCUACGGGGAUGAAUACUGCCUCUCCAAGAAAUACCCCAAGGGCGUCCCUCAAGUCCUGUCCUUCGCCGUCGGCAAUCUUUCGUGCCCACGGCAAGGUCAGCGGCCACCCCAAGGCUAUGCCUGUCUCAGCGGCAACAGCUCAUGUGUCGAUGCAUCAAAUAGGACCGGCUAUGUCUGCAAGUGUUUGAAGCACUACGAUGGCAACCCUUACAUCCGUGGUGCUGGUGGAUGCCAAGACAUCGACGAGUGUCAACUCCGAGAACAUUAUUCUAAACUGCGAAAAAAGUAUCCCUGCUCCAUUGGCGGGAUCUGCAAGAACAAGAUAGGAGGUUACGACUGUCCAUGUAAGCCCGGGAUGAAAGGCGACGGCAGGACAGGAACCUGCACUGAGAAAUUCCCGGUGCCAGCUAAGAUGGCUGUAGGCGUUGUAGGUGGUAUUUCCAUCAUUGUUGUGCUUGUGCUAUUUGCGUUUUACGUGAGUGAGAAGAAAAGGAUGAGAGAAUUCUUCAUAAGAAAUGGUGGUCCUAUGCUGGAGAAAACAAACAACAUAAAGAUCUACAAGGAGGAGGAGUUGAGGCGAAUUACAAAGAAUUACAGCCAUAUUCUUGGAAGUGGUGCCUUUGGUGUGGUAUACAUGGGGUUUCUUGAUGAUAAACAGCGUAUUGCGGUGAAGAAGUCCAAAAAUACUGAUAAAACACAGAUAGACCAAUUCACAAAUGAGGUCAUUAUCCAAUCAAGAGUCAUCCACAAGAACAUUGUGAGGCUCAUGGGUUGCUGUCUGGAGGUUGAUGUCCCUAUUUUGGUUUAUGAGUUUGUCGCCAAUGGUAGCCUCGAAGACCUUCUCCAUGAUAAACACAGGGUUCCUCUCACAAUUGAUCAACGUUUGGCCAUUGCUGCAGAAUCUGCAGAAGGGCUCGCUUAUAUGCACGCUAAGACCUCUACCAAUAUCCAACAUGGUGAUGUUAAGCCUGCAAAUAUACUUUUGGAUGAUAAUUUUAUGCCAAAGAUAUCAGAUUUUGGAAUAUCAAGGCUAAUCGCCCGAGGUAAUGAUGAGCACAGUGAAGAGGUCAUUGGUGACAACAAUUAUAUGGACCCAGUCUAUCGAGAAACUGGCCUGUUGACCAACAAAAGUGAUGUUUAUAGUUUUGGUCUUGUGCUCUACGAGCUCAUUACUGGAACCAAGGCAAUUGGUGGUGAUAACUGCGGCUAUACUAUAUAUCAUCUUGGGACUUACACAAAAGAGAACAGAGCAAAUGUGACGUCUGGCAUACAUCUUGGAGAGGAUGAGAACUUUGAGCUUCUCCAAAGUCAACUCAGAGAAGGUAAGGACAUCGAGGUUCUCCAAAGUCUUGCUGAGAUUGCCAGAGAGUGCUUGCACCGUAAUGUGGAUCAAAGGCCAGAGAUGACGGAUAUAGCAGAACGUCUCCAGAAUAUCAGAAAGUGUUAUGCCCGCAAGUCGCCAUCUCCCUAGUUGGUAGGCGUAUCAGCAGUCAGCACAAUUCCUAUUUGCGUCUGAUCGCUUCUCCGUCCACAUGAAGCUCAUGCCCAGCAAAUUUAUAUUUUAAUUAUAUUUUCCGUCCUGUCAGUUGUUUCUAGGUUGUCUUCUGCAUGAUGCUCAUGAUGAACUAUGCCUUUCUCAUUUUCUUUGUAAGCUGUAACUCUGGCUUUUCUUUCCCUAUUGUGUAACUAUUGAGUAGGCGUAUCAGCACUCCCCAUUGUGCUGCCAUACAGACCCCAACACACAGAAGACGUACCUCCUGCUCCAACCUAUUGCAAUCUUCUUCCACGUUUUCCCAA